ACAAAGUAGACAACUCAAAGGAAAGCCAAGAUAAAGAAGUAGAGCCACCCGUAAACAAGUAACAACCACAAGAGGAGGAAACGCCAAUGCCAAGGGCAUGGAGAACUUCAAAGAACCAUCCUCUUGACAAGGUGAUCGGUGACAUCAACCGAAGGGUAAGUACUCGUAGCUCUCUCAGGGACACCGUAGGAGGUCAAAGAAAAAGAUCCCGCACCGGCAAGAACGUGGUUUCUUCCUCGGCUCCUCCACCACCGGCGCACAAGUACCUCGACGGGUCGUUCCUUUGGUUCAACGACCACGCAGAGGCGACAUGGUUCUCGGAGAAAUUUGAGCACCGAGAGAUUCUCCCUCCCCGAUUCUCCACAGCCCGCUUCAUUCAUGAUUCCAUUCCACGUGAGGCACGGGUCAUCCUCGAACGUGGAAACUUCCUCGACCUCCUCUACAUCAAGAAGGUCAAUUAUCACCCCUCUCUUGUUCGAGCUUUCUACUCGAACUUGAAAAAGGAUGAGGACGGAGCAUUGAUCUCUAACGUCAACGGGGUGGACAUCUAUUUGAAUGAGAAGAACAUUCAAAUCCUCACCGGGCUUCGUCGGGAUGGACAGGAUCUCGGGCUCUACGUCGGAGAAGAAGGAGCACGGUUCAACGAGACCGCUCUCUUGGAGGAAGUGGGCAUCCGACACUUCGUACCCACUCCCCAACAGCGGCGCCCUAUGAUUGCUUCCAUGAGCCCCGUGUUUCGAUUCAUUUUUUAUGUUUUGACACGAAUUCUCAAGCCCAGGAAGUUCAAUCACACCACUCUCUCCCAGGAGGACACGAAGACAAUUCAUGCAAUGAUUCACAACGCCAAUCUCAAUUGGUGUAAAUUUGUGAUGACUCACAUGUUCACGGCCACCUCUGACAAUCAGCCGCUCCCCUACGCCCUCUUUGUCAUGGCGAUUCUUGAAGAAUAUAACAUCAAAACCGAUGUUGGGCCAAAGAUAAAGGGGACAAAGCAUUGGGAGAUUGAUGAAUCCUCUUUCCACUCGGGCACCGACGAGACUCCGUUCCGACAGCCUCGUCCAUGCCGCCAACCGAGAGCCACUGCCUCAGCCGCCACCACUUCGACCAAUCCUUCUCUCACCGAGCAAAUGGCAGUCUUAACCGCCACUCUCUCUCGAAUUGACACGAACGUCUCUAAAACGGCACACAACGUCAAUACCUUGAGUCGUGAACUUCAUGGGUAUUUUGACUUUGUCAAUUACCCGUACGCUCAAAUGGUCCCUUACGUUCCUUCACCGAAUUUCGGAGGUGAACAAAGUGGGACUCAAAACGUUGGUAGAGAUGACGAGGUGGACGAUGAGGAAGAGGAAGAAGAAGAAGAAGAAGAAGAUGAUGAUGAUAAUGAUGAUGGCGAUGAAGAUGAAGAAGAAGAAGAAGACAUUGACGAAGAACAACUUCUCAAUGAUCUUUCCCCGGAUUUCUAGAGCUCUAGCUCUACUUUCUUCUCUUCCUUAUUUUAUCAUUCUUUAAUAUGCUUUCGUUAUGUACUCCGUUAUUUCCCUUAAAUAAUUAAUAAAAAUCUUUAUGAUUU